ACAAUUUAUUUUAAAUUUCCCCGGAAAGUAUGGAAAGAAACUACGAACCUUCCUCUUCCUCUCUUUAUAAACGUCUUAUCCGGCACGGAAGUAGCAGAUUAAUAACUCAAUCUUCUCUUCCGCUUUCCAUAACCAAACAUAGAUAAGCAGUGAACUGAGAAAUGACGGUCGGGAGAGAAGAUGUGGAGAUUUUAAAGCCCAGAAUUGACAAAAGAGAGUAUCGAAGGAUCGUCCUUAGAAAUUCCCUUCAAGUUCUUCUUAUCAGCGAUCCCGACACCGACAAGUGUGCUGCUUCUAUGAAUGUGGGUGUCGGUUCCUUUUGUGACCCUGUCGGCCUCGAUGGCCUCGCCCACUUUCUUGAGCACAUGCUGUUUUAUGCUAGUGAGAAGUAUCCCUUGGAAGAUAGCUACUCAAAGUAUAUAACAGAGCAUGGAGGCAGCAGAAAUGCCUUCACAGAUUAUGAGAUGACCAACUAUUUUUUUGAUGUCAACACUGAUUGCUUUGAAGAGGCUUUGGACCGGUUUGCACAGUUCUUCAUUAAGCCAUUGAUGUCCGCUGAUGCUACCAUGAGGGAAAUUAAAGCUGUUGAUUCCGAGAACAAGAAAAAUUUACUGUCUGAUGCAUGGAGAAUGAACCAGCUUCAGAAACAUCUAAGCUUGGAAAGUCAUCCAUUUCAUAAAUUCAGCACAGGGAAUUGGGAUACUUUAUAUGUUAGACCAAAAGCAAAGGGAGUAGACACAAGGCAAGAACUCCUUAAAUUCUAUGAAGACAAAUAUUCAGCCAACCUCAUGCAUCUGGUUGUUUAUUCAAAAGAAAGCCUUGAUAAAAUUCAAUGUCUGGUGGAGGACAAGUUCCAGGAAAUUCAAAACUCUGAUAGAAGCCAUUUCCAGUUUCCUGGUCAGCCUUGCACAUCAGAACACCUUCAGAUUCUUGUCAGAGCUGUUCCAGUAAAACAAGGCCACAAAUUAAGGAUUGUAUGGCCAAUUACUCCCAGCAUUCUUCAUUACAAAGACGGGCCAUGCAAGUAUCUUGGUCAUCUCAUUGGCCAUAAAGGAGAAGGAUCUUUAUUUUAUGUCUUGAAAAGAUUAGGAUGGGCUACUGGAUUGUCUGCUGGUGAAGGUGUUUGCACUUCAGAGUUUUCUUUCUUCAAAGUAGUAAUUGGUCUUACUGAUGCUGGCCAGGAUCGCAUGCAAGAUGUAAUCGGGUUACUAUUUAGAUAUAUUCAGCUGUUGCAGGAAUCUGGUGUUUGUAAAUGGAUAUUUGAUGAGCUAUCAGCUAUUUGCGAGACAGGAUUUCACUAUAAGGACAAAAUCUCUCCUAUGUACUAUGUUCUAAAUAUUUCAUCAAACAUGCAGAGAUAUCCUGAAAAAGAUUGGUUGGUUGGAUCAUCAUUGCCUUCGGAUUUCAAUCCAACCACCAUACAGAAGAUACUAAAUGAGCUUUCUCCGGAGAGUGUUAGAAUCUUUUGGGAGUCAAAGAAAUUUGAAGGACUGACUGACAAGGUUGAGCCAUGGUAUGGUACUGCAUAUUCCAUUGAGAAAGUUAGCCCCUCAACAAUUCAGGCAUGGAUGUCCUCAGCUCCUAAUGAAAACCUGCAUUUACCAGCACCUAAUGUCUUUAUACCAACAGACUUAUCUAUUAAGAAUGCACAAGAGAAGAUCAAGCUUCCAGUUUCGUUAAGAAAGUCAUCCUAUUCAAAAUUAUGGUACAAGCCUGAUACAGUGUUCUUUACUCCAAAGGCAUAUGUUAAGAUAAACUUUGACUGCCCCCAUGCUAUCAACUCUCCCGAAACUGAGGUUCUUACAGAUCUUUUUACACGGUUAUUGAUGGAUUACUUGAAUGAAUAUGCUUAUUAUGCUCAAGUUGCUGGUCUUCGUUAUCAUGUAAGGUGCACAGAUGGUGGUUUUCAGGUGACAUUGGUUGGUUAUAAUCACAAAUUGAGGAUCUUGCUAGAAACCAUAGUCGACAAAAUUGCAAAAUUUGAAGUGAAACCUGACAGGUUUUCAGUAAUCAAGGAAAUGGCAAUUAAAGACUAUCAAAAUUGGAAGUUCCAGCAGCCCUAUGAACAGGCUAAGGACUAUUUCUCACUAAUACUAGAGGAUCAAUCAUGGCCUUGGAUGGAACAACUUGAAGUUUUGCCUUGUCUUAAUGCAGAAGACCUUGCAAAAUUUGCUCCAAUCAUGCUCUCACGGGCCUUUUUAGAGUGUUACAUAGCAGGAAACAUUGUACAUGAGGAAGCAGUAUCAAUGAUUCAUCACGUUGAAGAUGUGUUCUUUAAGGGUUCAAACGCUAUAUGCCAACCGCUGUUUCCAUCCCAGAUUCUAAGAAAUAGAGUAGUUAAACUUGGAAAAGGCAUGAAUUACUGCUACAGUAAGGAAGGCCUCAAUCCAAGUGAUGAGAAUUCUGCCUUAGUCCACUAUAUCCAGGUUCAUCGGGAUGAUUUUAAACUGAAUGUGAAGCUUCAGCUUGUUGCUCUUAUUGCAGAGCAAGCUGCCUUCCAUCAGCUUAGAUCCGUUGAGCAGCUGGGAUACAUUACUCUCCUCAGGCUGAGGAAUGAUUCCGGUAUCCAUGGGUUGCAGUUCAUUAUCCAGUCUACAGUAAAGGAUCCUGGACAUAUUGAUAUCAGAGUUGAGGCAUUCCUCAAAAUGUUCGAGAGUAAACUGUAUGAAAUGACAAAGGAUGACUUUAAGAGCAACGUAAAUGCAUUGAUCAAUAUGAAGCUCGAGAAGCACAAGAAUUUAAGCGAAGAAUCUCAAUUUUACUGGACUGAGAUCAUUAGUGGGGCUCCCAAAUUUGAUAGGAGGGAAGCCGAGGUUGAUGCAUUAAAGAAACUUACACGACAAGAACUGAUUUAUUUCUUCGAUGAAAAUUUAAAAGUUGGCGCAACUCGAAAGAAAACACUUAGCGUGCGAGUGUACGGGAGCCAACAUUUGGCCGAAUACAACUCGCAGAAAAGUGAAGCAGUUCAGCCAAAUACCGUCCAAAUAGAUGAUAUCUUUAGUUUUAGAAGAUCUCGACCACUUUAUGCUUCAGUUAGGUGAGGUGAGGCUUUGGUCUCCCUUGUUUAUUAGGCAAGCUUGCCGUGGAGAAAAACAGAGAUAUUUUCCUGUUAGUUUUCAUAAAAUUGUUCUACAUUGGAGAAAAACAGAGUAUCCCUCUUGUCUGUGAUUUGAUGUGUUGUAUCUUACUUAUUCUCUUGGUUCAGAAACAGAAAUGUUGUCACUCGAAUAUUCAACAAAUUAAUCCUAUGUUACUUUAUAUAUGCA